AUAAUUUGAAAUAACCUCAAAGUCUGUUCUUUUGAUCAAAGUCAUGCAUAAUCUGAGUAGGUGAAAUAUUACCAAGUAUACAUAAAUAAAUACAGUAAAAUCCUCAAAAAUUGUGUAGGCAAUAAGAAAUUCACGUGAAAAAUAAAAAGUAAAAAGGAUGUCUCAUAGUAGAAUAUUUCAGCGCAACCGCGCUUUAGGAUAUGUAAGCAAUCACAUACCAGCAGUAACAAGAUAUAUUCAGAGAAGAAAAGAGAAUUUAAUUGUCACUUGUACUGGUAGAAGUUUUCAUACAUAUGGUUGUUCUCAUUUUACAUUACUCAGUGUGUCACCAGCCCAUCCUGAGGACAUAACAUGCCUCGCUGCUGAUACUUAUCAUAUUUAUACUGCUAGUGGUAACAAAGUUUAUGCUUGGCGAAGAGGAAGUGAACUGAAACAUACUUAUAGUGGUCAUGAGUGUCAAGUCCAUCUUCUCCUACCUUUUGGACCUCACUUGAUAUCUAUCGACGAUGAUAGUUAUAUGAAAAUAUAUGAUAUCAAAAGUGAAGAGCUUGUAUCAGAAUCAAAUUUCAGUAACAAAGUAUUCAAGAUUACUGUCAUUGCACAUCCAUAUACUUAUAUAAACAAAAUAGUGCUUGGAAGUGAACAAGGACAGAUACAGAUAUGGAAUAUCAAAACUAUGAAGAUGGUUCAUACAUUUAACGGUUGGAACUGUGCAAUAAGUGUCAUUGAACCAGCACCUGCUAAAGAUGUAGUAGCUGUAGGUUUGACAAAUGGUAGAAUUAUUUUACAUAAUUUGCUGUACGAUGAAACCUUAUUUGAAGUCGUGCAAGAUACAGGCUUGGUAACUUCAAUUUCUUUUAGAACCGAUGGACAUAGUAUAAUGGCAAGUGGAAAUCUAGAAGGGGAUAUUUGUUUGUGGGAUCUAAAUAAGCGUAAAGUUGAGAGUCAGAUUAAGAAAGCUCAUUUUAGCUCAGUCUGUGGAUUGAAGUAUCUCCCUAAUGAACCAUUAAUGAUUUCUUCGUCAUCUGAUAAUACGUUAAAAUUGUGGAUAUUUGACAUGGCUGAUGGUGCAGGAAGAUUAUUAAGAUAUAGAGAAGGACAUGCAGAACCUCCCACAACCAUCAGGUUUUAUGGAAAUGAUGGACACAAUAUCUUGUCUAUAAGUGGAGAUGCUACUUUAAGAAUAUUUUCAACUCAAACUGAGACAUUUAAUAAAAGUUUGGGAAGAGCUUCAUACAAUAGAAAAGCUUCUAAGAAAAAAGGGAGAUUAGAAAAUGAUACCUUGAUAAUGCCAAGAAUGGUAGAAAUGGCUGCUGAACCUACAAGAGAGAAGGACUGGGAUAAUAUUGUAACAACCCACACAACUCUGGGAAUGGUUACCACAUGGUCAUAUGAUAAACUCAAAAUGGGAGAACUUAAGUUACUUCCUGAAAAAUUCAAAUUUAACAUGAAUGUUGUUGCUAGUGCAGUAACACUAACUCAGUGUGGCAACUUUGCUUUAGUUGGAUACAACACUGGCCAUGUUGAGAAGUUUAACAUUCAAUCUGGGCAGCAUAGGUGUUCCUAUGGUGGAGAAAAAGGAGCACACGAUGGUGCUGUAAAAGGAAUUAGUGUUGAUUCUUUGAAUGUUAUAGUUAUUACUGGUGGAAAAGAUGCAAAAGUUAAAUUCUGGCAUUUCAAACCUAUGAAAGAUAUAAGGCCAAUUAAAAUAAUUAACAUGGAGGAGCCUGUAGAGUGGAUUCGAGCUCACAGAGAAAAUUCUUUAAUUGCCGUGGGUCUCCAAAAUUUUACGAUUAGUAUUAUUGACAUUGACACAAAACGAAUUGUACGAAAAUUUGAAGGACAUACCGGUCGGCUCACAGAUGCAACAUUCAGUCCAGAUGCAAGGUGGCUCGUCAGUGGUGCUAUGGAUCGCACGAUACGAAUUUGGGAUAUACCGUCUGCACAAUUAAUAGAUAUUUUUCAAGUACCCGAUGCAUGCAUCUCAUUAAGCUUUUCACCAACUGGCGAGUUCCUGGCUAGUACUCAUGUCUGCAACCUUGGAAUCCAUUUGUGGUCCAAUCGUACUUUAUACUCGCACGUGUCUCUCAAGGCUAUUAAAUCUGAAGACAAAAUUCCUUCGAUUUCUUUACCAGGCUCCACCGUCGACAUAAUUGAAGAAACAGAUGAACAUGCAGUCAUGCAAAUCGAUGACGAUAGCGAGGAUGACGAAGAUUCCAAAGAAUACAUCUCCCCAAUACAACUCAGCUCCAAACUUAUUACCUUGUCUGGUCUAGCGGCAUCUCGUUGGCUCAAUUUGUUGGAUAUUGAUUUGGUGAAAAAGAGAAACAAACCAAAAGAAGCACCAAAAGUUCCAAAAGCCGCUCCAUUUUUUUUACCUACAGUAGCAGGUCUACAAACCAAGUUUGACUUUUCUGACGUGCAAAAUAACAAAGACAACAGUAAACUGCUGAUUCAUCCAGAUUUCCAAAACUUAACGCCAUUUGGUCGAUUGUUGCAAAAAUCUGUUGAGAGUAACAAUUUUACGGAAGCUGUGGCGAAACUUAAAGAGAUGGGACCGAGUGCAGUGGACGCUGAAAUACAAACGUUAGCUUUUGACCUUCAAAUUGCUACGCCAAUGCUUCUGCAGUUUAUGAAGUUGCUUAAGUCGAUGUUGAAGAGUAAAGUAGACUUCGAGCUUGCACAAAGUUAUUUGGCUUUGUUUCUGAAACAACAUGGAACUAUGAUUACUGAGGAACAGGAAUUGGCUGAUUAUCUUGAAGAGUUGGAGAAAGUGCAGCUUAAAAGUUGGAACGUUCUGAGUGAGAAAUUAUCCUACAACUUAAGUGUUGUCCAGCAUUUAAAAAGGACUUAA